CGAGGUAGUUCUCAGUUGUUUUCCUCUCGGCUAUGGCGGGCUCGACGCCUUUUGAAUGUGAGGCGGACCAUGAGCACAGCACGGAAAACGUGUCUGUCCUUCGCGUUAACCUGAGCACCGAUGGAGACGCUCACGAGUGGCUUGCCAGCUACAGUAAUUCUACAAACACAUCGUGGAUCGUCGACUGGAGAUCUGCCAAUGCGCGGCGGAUGGUGUUCCACCAGAAGUGGGUGUGCCACCGCAGCAGUCGUCAUAAGACCACCGGUCGCCAUUCGACUGGCUGCCCGGCAUUUGUGGACAUCAAGGUGAAGAAAGUUAGCCGUGACACCAAGAGACAUGACCCCUUCCUCAAGCGGGCGACCCCGCUGGCAGCAGUGGUCAAGCUCGGCCAGCAUCACAAUCACAGCCUCGACGAUGCUGAGGCGAAGCGACUUCUCAGGAGUACGCCGGACACUCGCGCGCUCUUCCUCGGCUAUUUCCGAGACGGCUUGACCGUGGCCAAAGCCGUGGCACUCCACAGAGAGAAGCUUUCUGCUGAAGACAACGCGUUGGAGCGGCUAGCCAGUAACGCCCUCAAUCCCAACCCAAACGUGGUGUACCACUGGUACAAACUUUGGAGGAAGCAGCUUUCUAGCGAACAAGACCCCACUGUGAAGCUGGACGAAAAGGCGGCUUCAUAUCUCAGACUUGGCGUCGACAUCAAAACCGCGAAGUCUGGGGACGGAUCCUGCUGGGCCAUCUCUGUGGUCACCAAGAUCAUGAGGAGAACCCAGCAGUUGGAUGCGGCCAGGGAGACAAUCUUUCUGGACUCCACAUUUCUGGUGACUGCCACGAGUACCCUGACAACGUUUCUGGCAGCGACAGGGGCCGGUGCCAUACCCCUGGCGGUGGUCCUCCACGGACCUCGGGGCAUGGAGAGCUACGCCACGGCAUUCAGCCUCCUCAAGCGGAGUUACCCGCUCUGCUUCGGGGGAGCCCCUGCACCCCGAGCCUUUGUGACAAGUCCCUCAUCGGCCGAGAAGGAGGCCCUGAACACCUGCUGGCCCGGCGUUUCCCAGCUCCUGUACCCUCUGGACGUGGUACAGGCAGAGUGGGACUGGCUGAGUGCGGCCGGGAACAAGGUGGGCCAGGAAGAGCGACUGGACCUCAUGGCUGCAUUCCAGAAGGUCAUGUACGCAGAGUCUGAGGAAGAACUGGAGGCUGCCACGACGGAUCUACGGUUGAGGACGCACCAGGGUUAUGUGGAGCAUGUGAACGCGCUCUUGGAACAGAAGACUGAGUGGGUGCUUCUUUUCCGUCAUGACCAUGUUGUGGGAGACGACGACACGCACGACUUUGCAGAAGCGUCCGUUCGUAUUCUUAGGGACCUUCUGCUCCACAACCGCAAGGCCUUUAACGUCGUUGCCCUGGUGAACUUUGUGACCUCUCAGUGGGAGGACUACUUCAGGAGAAGGCUCCUAGCACACGCACGCAACCGCAGGCCCGUGCACCAACUGCACCACGACAAGCUGCUCAAACGGUUGCCCGAAUCUGUGGCGGAGGCGAUUGAGGUGCUCGACAACAACAUCUUUCGGGUCCCCAGCGGCCUGCGGAUUGAAAAGGCGUGCGAGGUCAUCCCGGAUGUGGGAACCUGCAUCUGCCGAACAGGACGGCUGGGUGCAUUCUGCAGGCACCAGGCGCUUGUCCAUAAUGUCCAUGGAGGAGCUUUCCCCGACGUACCCGUGCUCACCGCGGAUGACCAGAAGGAGCUUGAGUUCCUCGCUUUGGGAGAGAAGGGCCAGACCGAAGCCUCGUUCCCAGACACUGAAGAGGCGUUGUCGGAGCGGCCCACGCCCAGCGCUAGCGACGAAGGCGAAACUUCAGCAGCACUGUCAGAUCGGCCUACUUACAGUGGCAGUGAGGAAGAAGAACCUUCGGCACCUCUGGAGCCUCCACCGCGUAGCAACCACUCACCAGAUUCAGAGCAGCAGCCUGACUGCUCAACUUUCAAGGGUCGUUGGCAGCGACACUGUCAGAAAGCAGACGAGGUGCUGAGGGAAAUUCAGGCACGGCUCAAGAAAUGCCAUGCCAUUGCUGUGGACAGCCCCACUUACCUUGCCAAAUUGGAACGGAUGUUAGAGGGAAUCAAGAAAAUUGAACAGGAGCCCGAAGUGAUACCAUGCGUUUCUUCUACACAGACGGUGUACGGUUGGGACAACUGGCAGAAUGUGGCAGAAGGCACGAAGCGAGUGCUUGAUGGCUGUCUUUCUAACGGACCCAGUGCUAAGGUGCCAAAGCAAGAGCAUAGCUAGCACCCCAGAGCCGUUCAUCGUGCCACUUCCCGUGAACAUGACAUAAUUAAUAAUUGUUUACCAUGUGACUACCUCAGAUAGUUCUUUUUAUUUUGUUUGUUGCAAUGUGUGCAUCUAAGCCUUAGUUGAGUUUAGACCAUUUUUUUGUGUUUUUCAACGAGUCUUUCCUCCUUUCUAUUUAAGUCUGUGACCACUCUGUGUGUAUGGUCUUAUGUAAUAUCAUUUAUACCGGUGUGCCUUUUGAUUGAGUGUUUUUUUUUUUGCCAAGUGCUCAACUCGGGUACACCCAAACUUGGAGUCUGAUGAUACUUGCCAUUCUUGUGUAUCUUUUCAGCUUGUUAUAUUUUUUGUCCCGAAGCAUGCGGCCAACCUGUAUAUAGGAUUAUGAUGGAACUUAGGGCGGCACUACACCAUCUGCACUGAUGUGUCCUUUUAUAUCCGUUUUGAUUUUUGUUGCCAAGUGUGUAACCCAGCCCAUUGUGUCUUUACUUGGGCAAGAUUAGGCUGUCUACUCAUGUUUUUUUGUGAGCUUUGGUUCUGAAGUGCGUGACCAAACCUGCAUGUGAAUUUUAGGGGUAGGUUCUGUAAUCUGCCCUUGCUUGUGUUUUGACAAGGUAUGUUUCUCGGAGAGAUUGUUACCAUCUCCAAGUUCAAAAACACAAUAAGUAGGCUGUCUGAAGUUGUGUAGGUUCUUGAAUAGGUUAUUGAUUAAUGUUGAAAAGCGUGAGACCACCGUUUGUCUGUGAUGAUGGGGUCUGGAAGGUCUAACAAGUUUGAACUAUUCAUUCUUGUUGCUUAGUAGUAUGGAGCCAUCACAUCUCCGGAUUCGUAGGGUUAGCUUGCCUUUCACUCGUUCAUACUUUAACAAGUUUUUGUUUUUGUGGCCAAAUGUGCAUCUACUGUGUAUCUGAACUGUCAAGUGUCUAGAUUGAAAGAUAUUGAAAACACAUAUUUAUUUUUAUGAAAUUGUCUGCCUGACUAUGUUCUGUCUUGGGGCAGAAGGGAUUGGGGUUGUGGGUGGGGGAUGGAUGAUGGUUGGGAGUUUUCUAUAUAAACUGAGGAAGCCCACAGUUCCUGAUGUAAUGUACUAGGGAAUCCCAGAUUCCUGUGCUGUGUGUGUCACUUGGGGUGUGUUCAGUAUUCCAGCUGCUUUGGUCUCAAAAUGCCAGAAAUUGAGUCUCCCCUGCCAAGUCUUAUUUGUGUUGCAAAGCACUCUAGCACCCUUUUUUCGUGUGAAUGUCAGAACAAAAGCUUUUUUUUUGGCACAUUGAUAUAUUUAGUUUUAUGUUCAAGUACAAAAAACUUUGUCCGAAUUGCAAGACUCGUCAAAAUAUUAGGCACAGAAGAAAAUCGGCCAUUUGCAGUAGGUUCUCAGUGAAAUGCUUGGAGAGAAAGCCCAAGAAUGCACCUCAUCUCGCCGCCCUGCCAUCUUCCGCAUGAUGAAGACCGUCUGCUACUGUUGGCGUCACCGUGGCAACAAAGCAUCUUCUUUAUGUGCAAACGCAGCGUCUAAAGCCGGCUUCGGAUGAUGUCUAGUUGGUGUGCCAGAGAAGGAGGAGGCUUGUGAUGGGAUGGUCUCUAAAUGUGCUAACAUUUCCUUGGCCAUCCAACGGAGGCAUGAUUGAACGCAGGAAGCUUGCGCUUGUGUCCACCCUUAUGCAGAGAUUCAACAGCUUCCAACGGAGGACACUUUUUCGGAAUGGGUCAGUGUAAAAGUCAAAGGCUUACUAGAAAUGCUCCAAUUGUCUUCAUUAUGCCUCGCAAGAAAAAGGAGCGGACCGAAGAGAACAUCGCUGAACAGAAAUGCGGCAGCUCACCAAGGCUCAGCGUCUUCGUGCCAAUGAGACGCCGGAAAAGAGCAGCGUUUGGCUGCUGCUUGUUCAGCAACGACCAGGGGCUGAAGGAGGGAACAAAAUUUGUUUGCAGAAAUGGUAUCGCAUUUCAACGUAUUAAUUUAUUUAUGUGCUUUCCCCUCAGGGCCCAAAGGAAUUACAGAGGGGGGAAAGCAAAGUUGGGAUCAAAACAAUGCUAUGAAAAGUUAUUCAGACUAAAAAAAAUAUAUAUAUAUUGCUUAGAGCAGAUUUAAAAAAUACAGUGUCAGUGAUGGAUGUAAUUCGUCUGGGAAGGUGGUUCCAGUCGAGGGAUGUGUGAGGAAGGAAAGAAGAUUGGAACGUAGAUUGAUAGCGUUAGGGUACCUCAACAUUGUGCUGAUAAUCAUGACGAGCAGAUAUAUGAAAGGGACAGGUGAUCAAUAUUUGUCGCGAAGCACAGAGUUAUAAAUAUUAAUUUAUAAAAGGAAAUAAGCGAAGCACCGCAGAGAUGCAGUCCCCUUUUAUUUUUAACUAUUCUGCGAGUUGAGGUUGCACUGAUCAGUCUGCUCUUUAGUUUAGACAAAAAAAUAAAUAAAUCUAGGACCAUUUCUGACUUGACAAAGUAUUUUUGACCUGCAGUUCUGAUUGAACCUGGUUUUGCCCUUAGGACAUGCACAUACAGCAACCUCCGCAAGAAAAAAGAAAGAAGGCUGUUGUAAUAAGCACGGUUUCAGUGCUUGUUUUUGACUCUGGGUGAGGUAUCGAAAUAAUCUUCGCCUUGCUGAAUGAGUGGCACAAUGUACUCGGUGCCCAUUUUGGAUACUAUCUUUUAAUUCGGAAUUCAGCAUAAUCAAAUAAAUUUAUUGUACUUUAAUAUAUUACAUCUAGAUUAUACAUUGUAGGUUUUGGCAAAAAGAAACAAUGUGCAGUAUAAAAACAAUUAUAUUCAGCCAAGUCCACAAUGGCGACAGUAGCAGGUGGUGGAUCAUCCCAGUUGCUGAUGGCUCUCGAAACAAAUGGCAGACUGAAACC